UUAAAUGAAAGUGAAAAUAUUUUUUCAUAACCUUACAACAACAAAUUGUUUAUUGAUUUUUGUUACAUGAAUUCGUCGUUCGUCAAUUACAUUUUUAAUUAUAUGUAGAAAUGAACAACAAAUUUUUGGGAUAUCAACAAAUGUUACUUGUAUUAGUAUGGAUCACAAAAUUUAGGACAAUAUGGCUAUAAUCGAAAGAACUAGGACAUUUUGGAAUAGCAAACUCAGCUAGUUGUAGGAGACAAAACAAAUUUCAUUGAAAACGUGGAACUCACUUCUUCUUGUAAAAUACGUAGAUAAUUGUAUUUUAUGUUGAUAUAUUCGUUUUAUCACAACAAAUGCUAUUUAUUUUUAUUGUCCAAUAUUAGAAAUUUCAAGUCUAUUCUCUCAGACAAGUAGAAUAAAGCACUAUUCCAGUUAAAAUACUUCUUAUUUUGGGGAAAAUGGAUAUUUGCCAAUUUCAUUCUCAUUCAGAAGAAAGUGGCAAUCAUCAACUCCAAAUAAUAAAUGCAGUAUAUAUAGAUGACAGAAAUGUUAACAACAUAUAUGAAGAAACAUCUAACUGUGAAUUAAGAUUCAUUUCUAAUGAAGAAAUGGAUGAUUUGUUACCACCUAUAGGCGAAUAUGAAGAACUGACAACUGUGAAACAACUAACUACCUCAUGUAAUAACUAUUGUAAAUUAUACAAAACAUUUGCAGAAUCUAGCAUAAAUAGCCCUUUGGAGAAUACAGAUGAUCAAUUAUUUAUAGAAAUUGUCAAAGAAGAUAUUGACGCAAGACAUAAUCCAGAUGAAAAUAAAUCUAUUCUUGAUUCUAUAAGUUUCAACAUUGAAGAUCAUGAAGAAACAGUUGUAAAAAUCAAAAUAACCAAUGCAGAUAAUGGCUUCACAAUGAAAGAUUCUUCUAAAAUUAUCAACUGGAAAACACCUGAGUUGGUCCCAAAACUUAAAAAUGCUCCCAAAGAAAAAAGUCCCCGAAAACCAUUACAACUGGCUAAUUACUGCGAUCUUAUCACAGAUGCCAUCAAUUCAUCACCUGAGAAACGUAUGAUUUUAACAGAAAUUUAUCAGUAUAUCACAGAACAUGUGCCUUUUUUCAAAGACAUAGAUAAAAAAGGAAAGGAAGGUUGGAAAAAUUGUGUAAGACAUACUUUAUCAGUCAACAAAAAAUUUAUAAGGAUAAAAAAUACAUCAAAAUGUAGAUUUUCAUAUUGGACAGUUUGUGAAGGGGGAGAUUUUGAAACUCAGUUCGCACAAUAUUCCUGGGUCUCAGAAAUUUAUAAACCAGAAGAAAGAAAGCGAAAGAUAAUAAAUAGAAAAACCAUGAAAUUAGGACAGCAUUCAAGAAAUGUGGUGAAAUCAAAUAAACAAGUACAAAACACAAACCGUGAAGCAAUAGAAGUCAAAAAUAGUAAUAACAAAAAAUACUCAUCUAGGAAAAGAAAUACAGAAUAUUUGCGAUUGGACAAGGUAAAUGAAACAGCAAAAUGUAAAAUUGCUGAAAAUCAAAAACCUGUGAAAAUCAAAAGAAAAAGUAGGAAAGGUAAAGUUAAAAAUAACAAACCUAAAUUAUUAAAACACGAAAUUAAAACAAUUAAAAGAACUGAAACAAAAAUAAAAGGAACUAAGAAAAGAAAAAUCAAAGAAAAUAAAACUCCAGGUAAAAAAUACGUGAGUAAAAUGAAAAAGAGCAUUGCAACUGAUUUAAUGAAAAAGAAACAACCUACUAGGAUAUUAAGAGUAUUGCCUGAAAGAUUGUCAAGGAGGGCUGAAAAUGUUUUACAAAUUAAAGAACACGAAAAUAUCAGAAGGAGUAGCAGAAAAAAGACUUGCCGUAAAUCAUGGUAGUUUUAGAAUGAGGUAUUUAAAUUAUGGAUAGAAAUCUGACUAAAUAAAUGAAUCAAGUAUUAAAUGAAGACAACUCAGUAUAACUCGAAAAUCUUACUGAAAGCUUAAUUUUAGUGUAAAUUUGAUAUAAAAAAAUUUCAAAAACAACAUGUAAAUACAGCUACUUGUAUAUUGUAUAUAAAAUAUCAAAUUUUGAAUAAAGUGUUUUUAAUA